UUACGGUAGUGUGCUGAGCCCGCCCCCCUCAGCUCGUGCAGGAGAGCUCGAGCUGUCGUAGUGUCCGUUACAAACUGUCCUCCUGCUGCUGUGACUGAAGACACAACUGACAGGAGGCCAGACACCCAUUCACUUUGAGGAGAUCUUCUCAUGAUGUUGCCACAGCACCUGAAGCAGAUCCGAGUCCUGAUGCUGAACGACAAGCAGAACUUAGAGAGAACUCUGUUCAGACUUGAACAAGGUUUCGAGCUCCAGUUUCGUCUGGGACCGAGUCUUCAGGGUAAGAGGGUGACCCUGCACACCAACUAUCCUUUGGAGGGACAGCGCUUUGAACGUCACAACUUCAGAGUGUUAGCGUGGAACUACCCAACAGGAAGAGAAGAUGACUCUGACAAGUACUGCUCUCUGGACCUGCAGGUGGCCGGCUCCUAUGAGUACUACUUUGGAUAUGGAGAGGCAGAGCGCUCUGGUAGUGGUUACAUUGUCGUUGACCCGGUCCUCCGUGUUGGAGCCGAUCAGCAUGUUCUCCCCUUAGACUGCAUCACUAUCCAGACCUACCUGUCCAAAUGCCUGGGACACCUGGACGACUGGCCGGACAGACUGAGGGUUGCCAAGGAGUCAGGAUACAACAUGAUCCACUUCACACCUCUUCAGACUCUGGGAGAGUCCAGGUCCUGUUACUCACUGGCAGACCAGCUGGCCUUUAACCCUGAGUUCAGCCCGCCGGGUCAGAGCUACAGCUGGGCAGAUGUGGGGGCUCUGGUGGAGAAACUAAGGAAAGAAUGGAACAUGCUGUGUAUUACAGACGUGGUGUAUAACCACACAGCUGCUAACAGUAUGUGGAUCAGAGAUCAUCCAGAGUGUGGCUACAACCUGGUGAACUCCCCCCACCUCAGACCAGCCUGGGUGUUAGACCGAGCCAUCUGGCAUCUCACCACUAGAAUGGUAGAGGGGCGCUACGAGGCUAAAGGACUUCCUGCCAACAUCACCAAUGAGGGCCAUCUGAAUGCCAUUCGCGGUGUGUUGUGGCAGGACGUUUUUCCUCAGAUCAAGCUGUGGGAGUUCUUCCAGAUCAAAGUGGACCCUGCUGUGGAUCAGUUCAGGAUUCUGCUGCAGAAAGGCAGCAGACCUAACCCCGCUAAGACUGGAGGAGAGAAGGGCCUGAGGCUCAUUCAAGACCCAAGCUACCGACGCUUUGGAAAAUCUUUGGACAUGGACUCAGCUCUGGAGACUUUUGUACCUCACAGCUCCUCCCCGCAGCACAUCGAUGAGUGCUGUAAUUGGCUGAGACAGAAGCUGAACUCCAUGAACGAGGAGCAGCAUCAUAUCAUGAUGCAGCAUCAGGAGCAGGCUGCCAACUGCAUUGUGGGAAAUGUAGUGUAUGAACGUUUGGCAGACCACGGCCCAAAACUCGGCCCUGUUACAAAGAAGAACCCUCUGGUUACCAGGUAUUUUACUUACCCAUAUCAGGACAUGGCACUGGAGCAGGAGAUUCAGCUGCUGGACCAGCCGGGCAAGGCAUGUCACUUUCUGGCUCACAACGGCUGGGUGAUGGGGGAUGAUCCACUGCGUAACUUUGCCGAGCCAGGUUCUAAUGUGUAUCUGCGUCGGGAGCUGGUGUGCUGGGGCGACAGUGUGAAGCUGCGGUACGGUCGGGGUCCUGAGGAUUGUCCGUACCUGUGGGCCCACAUGCAGAAAUACACUGAGAUCACUGCCAAGUACUUCCAUGGUGUCAGACUGGACAACUGCCACUCUACACCAAUUCAUGUAGCUGAGUUCAUGUUGGAUGUGGCCAGAACAGUUUGUCCUAACCUGUAUGUGGUGGCUGAGCUCUUCACUGGCAGCGAGGAGCUGGAUAACGUCUUCGUUACCAAGCUAGGCAUCUCAUCGCUCAUUAGAGAGGCCAUGUCAGCCGGUGACAGCCAUGAAGAAGGUCGGUUGGUGUAUCGUUACGGAGGCGAGCCGGUUGGAGCGUUUGUACAGCCCAGUCUCCGCCCACUGAUGCCCUCUAUUGCUCACGCCAUGUUCUUGGAUGUAACCCAUGACAACGAGUGUCCCAUUCAGCUGCGUUCAGCUCUGGACUCCCUUCCCAGCUCUGCUAUCGUCUCAAUGGCCUGCUGUGCUACAGGAUCCACCAGAGGAUAUGAUGAACUAGUGCCACACCAGAUAUCUGUGGUGAAGGAGGAGCGUUUUUACCCUAAAUGGAACCCCUCUGCGUCCCCCUCUUCUAUCUCUGAGGUUGGACCUCAGACUGGCAUCAUCGCUGGGAAACUGGCCCUGAAUCGGCUGCACCAGGAGCUGGCUGCACAGGGAUUCAUACAGGUUUAUGUGGACCAGGUGGAUGCAGAUAUUGUUGCGAUCACUCGCCACUGUCCCAGCACUCACCAGUCUGUUGUGGCUGUGUGCAGGACAGCUUUCCAAAACCCUAAAACUCACCAGUAUGACACCAACGCCCCUCCCAUGUUCAUACCUGGUAAGAUAGAGGAAGUAGUGCUGGAGGCAAGGACGGUAGAAAGGCAUGCUGGGAGUUACAAGAAAGAUGAGAAAUACAUCAAUGGCAUGCCAGAAUAUAAUGUGGAAAUCAAAGAGCACAUACCGUUAGAGCAAAGUUCUGUGGUGAAAAAGGCUGGUGUGACGUCUAAAGGUCGAUCUGAGUUUGUGCAGGAAAUCACUUUCCAGAAGCUGACACCAGGCAGCGUCAUUGCUUUCAGGGUGAGUUUAGACCCGAAGGCUCAGAAGCUGGUGGGGAUACUGCGGUAUAAUCUGUCCGAGUUCAGCCCUAAAUACAGGAGGGGCAGCGUGGCAGAGGAUAACCCACCUGAAGCCCUGCAGAAACCCCUCGCACAGCUGAUGUCUAAGCUGACGUUAGCUGACCUGAACGUGCUGCUGUUCCGUUGUGACUCUGAGGAGCAAGAAGAUGGAGGAGGCUGUUACAGCAUACCAGGCUGGGAGAGCUUCAAAUAUGCUGGACUGCAAGGUCUGAUGUCAGUCUUAGCUGACAUCCGUCCCAACAACGACCUGGGACAUCCAGUGUGUGCUAACCUGAGACAGGGAGACUGGCUGAUUGACUACGUGUCCAACAGACUGAUCCACAAAGAGGGACCGCUGGCACAGGUGGGUCAGUGGUUGGUGGCCAUGUUUACCUACUUGAAGCAUUUUCCUCGCUACCUCAUCCCCUGUUACUUUGAUGCCAUCUUGGUGUCCACCUACACCACGGCCCUGGAUGCUACCUACAAACUCAUGUCCAGUUUCGUCCAGAAUGGCUCUACCUUCGUGCGUCACCUGGCUCUGGGUUCAGUUCAGAUGUGUGGAGUGGGACGUUUCCCCGCCCUGCCCCCCCUCUCCUUGAAACUGGAUGAUGUUCCCUACCGCAUCAGUCCAAUCACAAGCCAGAAGGAGCAGUGCUGCGUCUCUCUGGCUGCAGGUCUUCCACAUUUCUCUUCUGGAAUCUUCCGUUGUUGGGGUAGAGACACUUUCAUUGCUCUCAGAGGACUCAUGCUGCUCCCAGGGAGACACACUGAGGCUCGCAACAUCAUCCUGGCCUUUGCUGGGACGCUGCGUCACGGUUUGAUUCCAAACCUGCUGGGCGAGGGACGCUGCGCUCGGUACAACUGUCGUGAUGCUGUGUGGUGGUGGCUGCAGUGCAUCCAGGACUACGCUACCCAUGUGCCUCAAGGUGUUGAAAUCCUUCGCUGUCCCAUCACACGCAUGUACCCAACUGAUGACUGUGAGCCACGCAAACCUGGAGAGGUGGAACAGCCUCUCUAUGAUGUGAUCCAAGAGGCUCUUCAGCGCCACCUGGAGGGGAUUUCCUUCAGAGAGAGAAACGCCGGACCCAAGAUAGACAUGAACAUGAGAGAUGAAGGGUUCAACGUUUCAGCUAAGGUGGAUCCAGCCACAGGUUUUGUGAGCGGAGGAAACCGCUUCAACUGUGGGACCUGGAUGGACAAGAUGGGAGAAAGUGAGACAGCCAGAAAUAAAGGCAUGCCUGCCACUCCCAGAGAUGGAGCAGCAGUGGAGAUUGUGGGUCUCAGUAAAUCAGCUGUUCGUUGGGUGGUGGAGCUCCGUGCUAAAGGACUGUUCCCCUACGAUGGAGCCAAAGUGCACAGAGAUGGUAAGGAAGUAUUUGUCUCGUACUCCCAGUGGAACCAGCAGCUCCAGCAGGCCUUUGAAGCAUGUUUCUGGGUCUCCCUGGACCCCCAUGACCCCAGAGAGAAGCGCCCCGACCUGGUCCAUAAGAGAGGCAUCUACAAGGACAGCUAUGGAGCCUCCAGUCCUUGGUGUGACUACCAGCUCAGGCCCAACUUCCCCAUUGCCAUGGUGGUGGCUCCAGAGCUGUUCUCCGUAGAGAAGGCAUGGAAAGCUCUGGAGGUAGCCGAGGAGAAACUGCUGGGACCACUGGGAAUGAAGACACUGGACCCAGAUGACAUGGUGUACUGUGGUGUUUAUGACAACGCUCUGGACAACGAGAACUACAACCUGGCAAAAGGCUUCAACUACCAUCAAGGACCAGAGUGGCUGUGGCCUGUAGGUUACUUCCUGCGUGCUAAACUCUACUUUGCUAAGAAGCUGGGAGAGGAUAACUACAGCAAAACAGUGACGCUGGUGAAAAAUGUCCUUUCUCGACAUUACACCCACCUGGAGAGGUCUCCGUGGAAGGGCCUUCCUGAGCUGACCAAUGAGAACGGUCAGUACUGCCCCUUCAGCUGUGAGACCCAGGCCUGGUCUAUGGCCACCGUGCUGGAGGUCCUACACGACCUUUAAGACCCCCACCCUCCUCGACGAAGUGUUGUCUUCCCUCUGAGGCUGAAGUCUUCAGUUAAAGUUCUAGUUUCAUGUUGUUUCUGUUCAUGUAAAACCUCAGAUUUGUAAACAAGCGCAGCAUACUUCCUGGUUAAGAUUUCAAACUAAUAGCCACUCCUUAUCUGAUCCACUGACAGAGUUCAUCCUUUAUGGAUCAUCAACACAUCUGAGAGAUGGUGCCGCACUUCUUUGUAGAUCAUUCUGUCUUCAGAAAACAUUCUAAGAACGGUUCUCUGUAUUUUAUAGAGUUAGGAAUGUAAGACUCACAUCCUGAAUUUGAAUACACCUUUCGUAAGAAGUGCAAAAAAGAACAAAAAAAACAUUAAAUUAGAUCACACAUUUUUAAUAUCAUAACAUUUUAAAAAAAACAAACGAAUAUUCUCUAAUGUUAAAAACUAAUUUGAACUAUUUCUAUUUUGCAAUCACAUCUCGUAGUUUAAAAACCAGUGCAUAAAAACAUUUUUAAUACAAUAUUUUCAUUUUUAAUAGUUGGCUGUACCAGUAUAAAGUGCUGAGAGAUAAGCUGUCAUGAUCAUGAUCCCAUCCAUUGUAUACUGCCAAUCACAACAUGCAGGGAUAAAUCAUGUAGGCCAGACCAGUGAGAUUUUGCCCCACUUGGUUCCAUCUUUUCCCCCUGAUUUGGCCAUAAUCAUGCAUUUAAAGAAAAUGGUGGUACACUGUUAAAUAAAUAGACCUCAUGGAGCGUCGGUGUGAAUGAAAAAACUCCUCACUUAAAGAUUAGUGGGUCAUGGAGCUGAACAGAGCAGCUUACGGGCUGUGGGUCUGUAUGUCACAACAAUCAUGGCGGGCUCUGUGCUGCACUGUUAGCUAGCAGGAGUGGAAACUCCACCAGAGCCACAGAGCUGCUUAGAAACUGCACAUGGUGAAUUUUGAUGCUCACAUUAGAAAUCAUUACACAGAAAGUCCGUUUGAGCUUUCUUUUCUUGUAGGAGACAUCCAAAAACAGAUUGCAUCUUAUAAACUCGUGUGGCAUCUAUUCCGUGUUUUACGGUAUUUUUACUAAGUAUCACUCAUUGCAGACUGAAACACUUUGAUCCAACAAAAAAAAAAAAGCAUAUUUUUUUCUUCGACCUGCUGGUGCUUUAUACUGACCUCAGAUCAGCUGUCACUGUGAGCAUUUACACCUUCCAUCUUCAAACACCUGGUGUCACCAGCAGAUAACCUGCUUUAGCAUCAGUUAAUGCAGCACUGUUUAACUUUCCUACUUUACUAAAACCUCCACCUGAAGCCUUUUACACAAACAGCAUUAAAUCUUUUACCUGUUCCCCUUGAAGCCUUAUCAUGUAGUUUAAUAUUUGUGUCUUUUAUGUGUGGAUUAAUGCUGAAAACAAGCUCUGUGUCAGUGAUGUUUUAGAGUUAGAGGUUUGUUGUUUGAUCUGCUGUACAGUCGCUGCUGACAAGCCCUCAUCAAGUUUGAAAGUUCUCAUUCAGCCAUCUGGACGCUUCAUUCAAACACUGUAUGUUAGUGUUUAAAAUUGAAUAAACAUCUUAUAAUGACACUGAGGUUCUGUUGUCUCUGAAACAGUAAAAUGACUCAAACCAGAGCUGUUAUAAUAGCAGCUGUGCCUGUCUGACUCUAUAACACCUGAUUUAAUAUGAACAAAUAUCAGUUUGACAAAGUAGCACCACCUCAGCGUCAGUUUAAGGUGCAUUUAGUGAAAAUACUUUCACGUGUGUAACUGUUCCUGCUGUUUCACUGCUGUGUUUGUCCUGUAAUGUUGUUGUUUACUUGUUUGUGUAGUGAAUAAACGGUUACAUGACUCAGAA